AUUUCGUUCAACCAAAGAAAUUCUGAGUUAUCUAAGGAAACCGAUGACAGAGAAAGAGUGUUCAUAAAUCUUUGAUGAUUAUUUGAACUUUCUUCAACUCUCGAUUCUCUGAUUAUUCUUUGUCUCACCUAUCAAUCUCUUUCCCUGUCGAUUCCGUGCUCGUUUCAGAUCUCCCUUAAUAUAAAGGUUUUGCUCAUACGCUAAAUGAAUUUUGAUUCACCCCUAACUUGGAAACGCAGAAGACUAACCAACAUUGACCCCAUGGACGCCGAGGCAGCAAGAGCUAAGCUAGAAGCGGCAAAAGAAAAAUACGGAAGGGAGAUUCACGUCUUUGAGACUUCAACAGCAUCAUCUCAUUCACCACCCGAAGCAUCAAAUCCCGAGGAAACAGAUGAUUUUUUCGAAUUUACUGCAGCAGAUUACCAUCUCCUCUUGUCAACCAAGAAAGAAGACAAAUACUUGAAGACCAAAAAAAUCCGAGAAGCGGAAACAGCAGCACGUAGGUCAAGAAUCACAAAAGCGGUAAUUAGGAUACGGUUUCCUGAUAAUCAUACAGUAGAGGCUACAUUUCAUCCAUCAGAACCAUUACAGACCAUUUUCGAUCUUUUGAAGAAAGUUCUUGCAAAACCAGAACUUCCCCAUUACUUAUAUACAACCCCACCAAAGAAGCAAAUCAAGGACAAGAAUCAAGACUUUUUUGCUGCUGGUUUUAUUCCAGGUGCUAUUGUGCAUUUCUCUUAUGACUUGCCAAAGGAUGAUGAUGAAACUGUUUCUGGUCCUUUUCUUCAGGAAGAUGUGAUGUCUUUAAAGGGGUUGGACCUUGUACCUGCUGAACCGGUCAAAGAAGGUUCCGAAUCAACUUCUGAAGAUGUAACUGUAAGUGAUCCUCCCGUUGUUCCUGAGCGUAAACCGGCUGAUAAAAAGGCUAUUAAGCCAAAGUGGUUGAAGAUGUGAUAGGUGAUUUAUCUGAAGGUUUAAAUAAUCCUUAGAUGGUCAAUUUGGGAAGGUACAAGAUCUUCAAUCAAUGAACAUUUAAGAUAUAAAGUUUUUUUCUUUUUUUUUUUCUUUUUUUUUAAACUUUUUUUUUUAACUAUAAGCUUCAAUCAGUGAACAUUUUAAAUUCAAUUGGCUUUGUUGCUCA